AUGAAAGUGUUCGCAGAUUUGAAGAUAGGUGAAAAGAGGCCCAAGGCGCACGUACAUGCGUCCGAGGCUCCGUCCAACGCAAUUCUAAUCGUUCUCUCACGUCUCCCUCACGCUCCCAACUGCACUUUUCAACUCACCUCUCCCGCAGAACAUCGCGUCAGCGGGAGUGUGCGCACGGCGUGUCAAAUCGCAACUACCAACUGGUAA